AUGGGCUUUCUAUCUUUUCUCUCGAAGAAAAAGAAAACCGAUAAGACUCCUUCAAUUAGUGGAGGUGAAAAUCCUAGUAGUCGCGCGGCAUUAUCAUCUGUUACUGUGGCAGUGGGAUUUGAAGAAGUGUACAAGAAAUUUGAUGCAGAUGGAGAUGGUAAGAUAUCGUAUCUAGAACUAGGUUCAAUAUUAAGCAGUUUAGGUUACGAAGCAACAGCUGAAGAAUUACAAGUAAUGGUCAAAGAAGUUGAUUCAGAUGGAGAUGGGUUUAUAGAUUUGAAUGAGUUUCUUGAAUUGAAUAAAAUUGAUUCGGAGAAGCAAGUCCAAGAUAUUGAAGAUGCGUUUGCUAUUGUUGAUACUAGUGGUGAUGGUUUCAUUUCUCCAAGUGAGCUUCAGAAGCUUUUGAAAACUUUAGGCGAUGAAUCGUCGUCGAUUUCUGAUUGUAAAAAUAUUAUUCAUAAUUUUGACUGCGAUGGUGAUGGUUUGAUUUCGCUCGAGGAGUUUAAGAAGAUGAUGUUCCAAGGAUCAACAAUCUUGCAAAGCGGAAAUUAA